AUGAGUCCAGGGCCCCUGGUGGAGCCCUGGUGGGGAGGAGCGCACAGCGAGAAGGACAAUGGAAUGCUUCAAGAUUGCUCGAUGGUCAGAGCUUCCAGACUAGGCAAGGGGAGGGCGGGGCCCCACACACUCAGCCGCACCCUGUCACCCCCAGAGAGAGAUGGACCACAGGGGGGCGCGGGCGCAGCGCAGGCCGAAGGAGGCCCGGCAACUCAGCAGCUCGCUCGCACACUCGCUCAGAGACUCAAGGCCAGUUCCAGAACCCCAACCAGUGCAAAUGACUUAGUGCAAAUUGAAUUCAGGGGGGACGGGGGAAACGGAGUCCUGGAUGCUUUGAGCCUCUUGAGCAAAGGAAAGAGAGAAAAAAGGUGUGAAAAAACAAGAGAAAAGGUUGAAGAGGAGCAGGGAGAGGAAGCAGAGUGGUGGUGAGGGGCGCGGCGGCCGGUGGUGGUCU